AUGGCCUCCGAACCUGUCAAUGUGAAUGAGUUCCGAGAAUUGGCUAGGGAAGUUCUUCCAAAAAUGUACUAUGAUUUCUAUACUGGGGGAGCUGAGGACCAGCACACGCUAAAUCAGAAUGUUGAUGCAUUUCGCAGAAUCAUGUUGCGCCAUAGAGUUCUUGUAGAUGUUAGCAGAAUAGAUAUGUCAACUAUAAUGAUUGCUCCUACAGCUAGGCAUCAGUUAGCCCACCCCGAAGGAAAGGUCGCCACUGCUAGAGCAGCAGCAGCAUGCAACACCAUAAUGGUUUUAUCCAACAUAUCUACGUGCACUGUGGAGGACGUUGCUUCCAGCUGCAAUGCUGUUCGUUUUUUAAGUUUCUAUCCUGCCUACUGGGGCUCAAGCCAUCAAAUGGUACCUUUCCUGAACAGACUUGGUCGAAGAGAGGCAGACAUAAAGAAUAGAAUGGUUGCACCUCAGUUGAAGAACUUUGAAGGCAUUUUAUCAACUGACGCAAACUCUUUGUAUGAUCCAAGUGAAAGUACAUGUUUAUCUAUGUGGAUGACACUAACUCUGCAUGAUGAAGGAUCGAAAGUGGAAGCUUUUGUCAAAGAGACGUUUGAUGCUUCUUUGUGCUGGGAGCCAAGUGUAAAGAUCCUAUUUGGAUGUCUAAAUGAAUGGCUGAGAUCACCUUGUGAUGUAAGGGAUCCAGCUACUGUGCCAAACGGUUAUAUUCCCUCACUCCAAGUGCGUGAGGCUGAGAGAUUGAAUAGAAAUGAAAAUUCCUCUGCUGCACGUAUAGCAGAGCAGUUUUUGCCAGACAUAGAGUGGUUGAAAUCUAUUACAAACUUGCCAAUUCUGAUCAAGGGAGUACUCACUCAUGAAGUUGCAAGAAAGGCUGUGGAAGUAGGUGUUGCUGGGAUUGUUGUCUCCAACCAUGGAGGCCACCAACUAGAUUAUACUCCUACCACCAUUUCUGUCCUGGAAGAGGAAGUUGAUGCUGUUGGAGGAAAAGUUCCUGUUCUGCUUGAUGGAGGAGUAAGGCGAGGAACAGAUGUGUUCAAGGCAUUAGCCUUGGGUGCACAAGCUGUCCUUGUUGGAAGGCCUGUAAUCUAUGGCCUUGCAGCAAACGGAGAACACGGCGUGAGACGGGUUAUCAAAAUGCUGAAAGAUGAGUUUGAGCUCACUAUGGCCCUCUGUGGCUGCCCUGGUGUUAUGGAUAUUACCAGGAGCCAUGUGAGAACAGAAUGUGAUAAACUCCACUCCAUGCUUUGA